AUGCGCCUGUUGCGGCGAAUGAACCUCACCGCCUUCAACGAGUGGUGGGAAGACUUGGACUUGGCCGAGAUUUAUCUUCUCUACAUCGCCGGGGGGAUGUACUGGGGCACCUGCUAUGGCACCUAUUGCAGACGUGCCAAGUUGGCCACUCCAGAGUCUGAUUUCUUGUUGGUUUCCAUCUACCACGUGGAUGAGGAGAAGAAGAAGCGCUUCGAGGGCUCCUGGAGCGACCAAGCACGGCUCUGUCAGCGUCAAGCAGGUUACGAGUGGACCAAGACCUUCAAGGCGAUCGAGUGGUCAGAGUCGCCCUUUCACUACAUCACCUUCCGGAUGUGGAACGAGUCCUCCAGCUACCUGAGGAUGGUCCAGUUCAAUCCCACCUGGAAGGAGCUGGUGAAAAGACUCCAGGAGGUUUGCGCAUCUCAGCAGGACACGGUCUAUCGGGUCCUUGUGGACGACUCGGUGAAGCGUAUCAUCGAGUGA